AUGUUGCUAAGAAGCUCUUCAACACCAAUUCUUGGUUCUCUCUUACCUUCCUUCACAGACAGUACUAAUCAUACUCAUAGUCUUCAUCUUGAAUCAUGUCAUAUGCUUAAUCAUCUGCCACCAUCAAAUCAUAGACUCUCAUGCAGUUCUUCUCCAAUGUCCCCCUCCAUUGCUGAUCUUGAAAGGCAAAACAAAGGGUUGGUUAGAAGAGUUCAAUCGGAGGGAAACUUGGAGGACUUAGCCUAUGCUACUUGCAAUAAUGAAGAGAGAUUCAAUUGUUUGGACCCUUCUAAGAGGUAUUCAGGGAAACAAAGAGGCUUGCCACUUGAGACAAUUCCAUCUUUCUCUCUUUCCAAACAAACAGGCUUGCGUGAAGAAGAGGAAGAUGAAGAAUCUGAUAUUGAAGAUGAAGGUUAUGAUGAGUACAGUGUGAUGAAUAGGAUGAUGGUGAGUGAAGAAGUGGAGGAUAGAGUUUGUAGGGUGAGUUUUGGUGAUGAGGGAGAGGUUGGUAAUAGAGAAAUGUAUCUUGCAAAGGGGCUUGGUAUUGAUAUUUGUGGUGGUGGUGAUGGCGGCAGAGGAGGAGGCAAUGGAGGUGGUGAUUAUAAUUCUAUGGGGUCUGACAGAAAUGAUGGAGAUAAUAAUAAUCAUGGGGUGGAAGAAUAUUAUAAGAAAAUGGUGCAGCAAAAUCCCGGGAAUCCAUUGUUCCUGAGGAAUUAUGCUCAAUUCUUGUAUCAGUGCAAACAAGACCUUGAAGGAGCAGAGGAGUAUUAUUCCAGAGCCAUACUAGCAGAUCCAAAUGAUGGAGAAGUUUUAUCACAGUAUGGGAAGCUAAUUUGGGAGCUACAUCAUGACGAAGAAAGAGCUUCUAGCUAUUUUGAACGAGCAGUACAAGCCUCUCCUCAAGACAGCCAUGUACAAGCAGCAUAUGCAAAUUUCCUAUGGGACACAGAGGAAGAUGAAGGCACAGGUUGCAAUGACUCACAAUGUUUACCUCAACAUUUCCAUUUUGGAGAAAUGGCUACUACCGGUGCUUAG